AUGGCGUCUCGCCCCGUGCAGGGGGUUACGAAUGGGGUGAAUCCUUUGAAUUCCCGGAGAGCCCACAAAUCACAGGAUGGAAGUGAUUCAGGCAGACUAUUCCAGAGCAGUAUUUCAUCAUGUGCACCAAGUGUUCCUUAUCGGACAACCAAAAGCGUGGAUUCAAGCGAUGAAAGCUUUUCUGAAUCUGAUGAUGACAGCUGUCUGUGGAAACGAAAACGACAGAAAUGUUCCAACUUUGCUUCUGCUAAAUCUGAGCCUUUUCAGCUUAGCCAGAGCCACGAAAACCAAGCUGCUUUAGGUGGCAAGAAGGUCAACAACAUUUGGGGUGUGGUGCUCCAGGAGCAGAGUCAGGAUGCAGUGGCUACUGAACUUGGGAUUCUAGGCAUGGAUGGUAGUAUUGACAGAAGCAGACAGUCUGAGACUUACAAUUAUUUGUUAGCUAAAAAGCUGAUGAAGGAAGCUCAGCAAAAGGAGGCAGAGACUUUAGAUAAAGAACUGGAUGAAUACAUGCAUGAUGACAAGAAAACAUUGCCAGCAGAAAGAGAAAAUGGGCAAGGUUUUCUCAAACGGAAGCGACCUGUAAAAGACAGACUGGGUGAAAGACAAGAAAUGAAAUAUAAGGGAAGGUAUGAGAUAACAGAAGAAGAUUCAGAAGAAAAAGUGGCAGAUGAAAUCGCUUAUCGGCUUUGUGAGCCCAAGAAAGAUUUAAUUGCUCGAGUCGUGAAAAUAGUUGGGAAAAGAAAAGCUAUUGAACUGCUUAUGGAAACAGCUGAAGUGGAACAAAAUGGUGGACUGUUCAUAGUGAACGGCACUAGGAGAAGAACACCAGGGGGUGUUUAUUUAAACCUGCUGAAGAACACACCUAGCAUCAAAGAACAACAAAUCAAGGAAAUAUUCUAUCUGGAAAACCAAAAGGAGUAUGAAAAUAAAAAGGCUGCUAAGAAGAGGAGAAUACAAGUUCUAGGAAAGAAGAUGAAAAAAGCCAUUAAAGGGCUUAACCUGCAAGAAUAUGAUGAUGCAUCUCGUGAGACUUUUGCUAGCGAUACAAAUGAGGCUCUGGCUUCCCUGGAUGAUCUGCAAGAGGGGCAUAAUGAAGCAAAGAUGGAACCUGAAGAUGUUAUUGAAAUUGAUAAUGCUCAUGAUUUAGAGAUUUUCUAGUUACUGAUGUUCUUGAUAACAAAGUCUCUGUAAAACUUAUUAAGUAGGCCUUUCUUACAAUCCCAUGGCUUCUUGUUUUCAUAAGCUGCAGAAGCAUGGGAAAUACUUGAUG